AUGACGAAGCGCAGUAUUGAGACGGACUCAACGGCCGAUCGUCGAGUCAAACCCAUGUUCACUGAUCAGAGGCUGUUCAAAGUCACAAAUGUGGACGAUGGAGAGACGGUCCAUCAAACAUGCCUGCUCAUUCACGGCGAGUGCCAGUUCUUUGACCCCGACGAUGAGACGGACUAUGUGUCGGUCUCAUCCUCGAACAUGCCAAUCCAAUCCAAUGUCACGCAACACUGGCCGUGCAAUGCGGGCAAAUGGAGCGCGCUUGUCAUGCUUUCAUCCGGAAAGAACUCUCUCGUUUUCAACCUCUAUCGAAACCAGAAGAUUUGUGGAUCGGCGGAAAUCAGCGUCAACUAUGUUCCGUUGCUUCAAUUACCGCCUCUCCACCUGGCGAUCCUCGUGGCAAAGGACUCGCCUCUGCUAAUUGACUGCCCUCCGGUCAAAUAUGGUAGCAUUUCCACUGCCCACAGUGGCUUAGAUGCGGCGAUUGCAAAGUUCCGGAUGUCGGCAUAUAUGUGGCAAGCUCUCACAGCCGAAGACCUUCGACAAAAGGACUUGGGACGGCGCUCGUUCCGGCUGGACGAGGAAUGGACCUGGAACUCCUCGCUACAAAAGAGUUACCAACGCGCACCGGGAGAUGCUCGUCAGAUGGGUGCCGUGGCAAAGGUUCACAUCGUGCGCUCUGACAAGACAGUUGCACAGCUUCGCGACGCCAACAUCGCGCAGCAGAACUCACGAGGUCGCGAUCGUGACGCCCUGAACAGGUACUUUGAAGAAGCUCUGCGUGACUCAGGGGCGCCUUUUGACUCGGCCAGUCGACCGGUGGUGGCUGGUUUGAUCUUGGACUCUCAUUACUCCAACGAGCAAUCUUUGAUCACGGCACAUGCAGCCCUAGGCUGCCACAAACCCAAUGGCAUAUCUUGUGGGAUUUUCGGAAGCCACCUCACUUAUGCCUGGCCCCGUUUCCUCGAGGAAGUACCUGCAUGUCUGACUGAUCCGACAGCCCCUGGCGAUACCAUGGGCAACGACAAUGGCGAAUGCGACACUCUCCGUGGGGCUUGCUUCGUCGGCCAGGGUGCGUUUUUGCACGAAGUGGGCCAUGCAUUUGGCGCGGAGCAUACGACGGGCAUUAUGGCUCGAGGUUACAGCAAGACCUGGGGAGUGAAUUUCAUCCAGCACGCAGAUAACCCUGAGUUGGAAAAUGCUGCUAAAUGGGACUUGCAAGACGCUCUGAAGUUCAAAUUGAUGCCGCACUUUGCUCUUCCUGACGAUGCCCCUGUCACACAGCAAUUCCGCGAGGCUCAGGUCCGAAUGGAGGUCAUUCUGACCAAAAAACUUGCCAGUGACCCUGAAAGUACUUGUGAAGGAUUGAAGAUCACCUGCUCCGCGGGUCUGGCGCGGAUCGAAAUUGCGAGUGAUUCUCCGCAUGAUGAUGUUGUGCAUCAAUUCAUCAACAAGUCCAACCACACCGAAUUCCAGCUCGUCGAUAUUCGCAACAAGUACAACCAGGCUUAUCCCUUGAGAAUUGUUGCCCUGGGCAUGAAUGGCAAACGUCGAGUAGUUGCGAACGUUUGGACCAUGCUCAAGGAAGUUCCUUUCAUUUCCAUUCCCGGGAGUGACUUGGUCCUGGAGAAAAAAUCUGUCCGCUGUCAGGAUCUCGACUCGAGUCUGGACGAUACCCAAGUCUGCAAGUGGGCCAUGCUUCUUCACAGGCGUGGCAAAGAUGGCCAACUGCAUCGCGCGACGUCAAUUGACCUCCGUGUCGGAUGCACCAUGGAUGGGGCUGUCGUCUAUUACGCUGAUGGCAAGCAUGCCAACUGUGGUCCUGCACGGAACAGCGACGGCACAACUCAUCGCUUCGGGGGACACGCAUCGGAGGACCACAGGAUUCCCGCGGGGGAAACCAUUUCCCAGAUCAGAAUUUGCAAGCGGGCAGACGGAUGGGGAAGUCUGUCGGGCAUUCGUAUGACUCUGAGCAAUGGAGAUUCUUGGGGAUAUCUCAACGACGACCUUUAUGGAGAUGACGAAGAUGAGCAAGACAAUCAAAGAGAUGCUCAGGAAGAGGAGGAUGAGGGUAUCGUGACCUUGGAGCCUGCUGACGGUGAUGUUAUUGUCGGGUUCUAUGGGACGAGCGACAGGCAGUCGGGUUUCACACAGGAAUUCGGUAUACUGACCGCUCCACGGGGUAUUGAGCUUCCUGAGCAGGUCUAUGACAUGGCUGAACUGAGAAAUGAUGAGUAA